AUGGCAAACCUAGAGAAUGACCUAGAAGAGCGUCUGCCCCUGAAAAAACGACUUCGUCGUCGUUUCCAUGUAGUAGAGCCACAACAACAAGUAGAAGAAGAAGAACUUGAAGCGAAGCGAGAGCUUCCCGAGAGGUUAAAGAGGAAGAUAAUGGAGAUGGAAGGCACGGAGGAGACAUUAAUAAUGGAAAAGCCAUUGACUAAGACCGACGUGGAUGGAGAUGAAAAGACAAAGACCUAUAAACGAAUUAAAAGGGAUAGAGAAGGAGGUUUAAGCGUGGAAGUGAUCGAUCCGAAGUUAAAAGUAUGGAAGUUGAAGAUAAGAGGAGAUUAUGAUAUGGACAAGAAAAAGAAGACGAAGAAGGGUGAGAGCGUGAAGUAUCUGUUGGCGUAUAAGUGGAAUCAUGUAGUUAAAGCUAACAGUCUUAGAGAAGGUGAUAACUUGCAGCUUUGGUCCUUUAGGUCACAACAAAAGCUAUGCCUUGCCCUCGUCUUGCAUUAA